GUCGAGGGGGCUUGGAGCGCAGAGCGGUUUGGUCGUUCGUUGGGCUUGUGUCCGUUCUUGGCUCGGCGAUUGCGGCUGUUCCUCGGGCAGCGGAAGCGGCGCGGCGGUCGGAGAAGUGGCCUAAAACUUGGGCGUUGGGUAGGCGUUCGUGGGGUUGCCCGCGGCUGCAGGUUCUGCCAACCGUUGCCGCCGCGGCCCGCGGCCGUUGGGAGCCGAGCGGCGGGGGCUCCUCGGGCCGCUGGUUUCGGGUAGGGUAUGGGGUCGGGAGGUUUCCCCUUGGGGCUUUGUUCCGGAACCGCGUCCCCGCCUUUUCCUGGCGGUGAUUCAGAGGUCCCGACGCAGGAUUCCGGGCAGUCGGGCCUCCGCCCGUCAAGGAAGGGAAGUGACUCCUCCCUGUACUCCCCCUCCCGGGGGAGGCUGCCGCUCCUUGCAGCCUGAGUCAUUAGGGGAGGGGGAGGAGGUUGGCGGCCCUCGGCCAUCUGCCGCCGCGAGGUGGGGCACGGGGAGGCGGGAGGCCCGGCGGAGGGGCCAGGGCCUGUACCCCCGCAGCCCCGGGGUGCGGCCCGGGUGAGCGCGGCGGCCUUAUCUUCGGGGCGUCUUUCUUAGGUGAAAGAAAAUGGCCCGAACCAAGCAGACUGCUCGUAAAUCCACCGGUGGGAAAGCGCCCCGCAAACAGCUGGCCACAAAAGCUGCCAGGAAAAGCGCUCCCUCUACCGGCGGGGUGAAGAAGCCUCAUCGCUACAGGCCCGGGACCGUGGCGCUUCGAGAGAUUCGUCGUUAUCAGAAGUCGACCGAGCUGCUCAUUCGGAAGCUGCCCUUCCAGAGGUUGGUGAGGGAGAUCGCUCAGGAUUUCAAAACCGACCUGAGGUUUCAGAGCGCGGCCAUUGGAGCGCUGCAGGUAAGACAAAGGCCUGGAGUCGGGGGAGGGCUGGGCGGUUUCCGCUCCCCGAGGGGGAUUAAUAGUGUGGCUCUUGUCCUCAACAGGAGGCUAGCGAAGCGUACCUGGUGGGUCUGUUCGAAGAUACUAAUCUGUGUGCCAUCCACGCUAAGAGAGUCACCAUCAUGCCCAAAGACAUCCAGUUGGCUCGCCGGAUACGGGGAGAGAGAGCUUAAGUGAAGGCAGUUUUUAUGGCGUUUUGUAGUAAAUUCUGUAAAAUACUUUGGUUUAAUUUGUGACUUUUUUUGUAAGAAAUUGUUUAUAAUAUGUUGCAUUUGUACUUAAGUCAUUCCAUCUUUCACUCAGGAUGAAUGCGAAAAGUGACUGUUCACAGACCUCAGUGAUGUGAGCACUGUUGCUCAGGAGUGACAAGUUGCUAAUAUGCAGAAGGGAUGGGUGAUAUUUCUUGCUUCUCAUGAUGCAUGUUUCUGUAUGUUAAUGACUUGUUGGGUAGCUAUUAAGGUACUAGAAUUGAUAAAUGUGUACAGGGUCCUUUUGCAAUAAAACUGGUUAUGACUUGAUCCAAGUGUUUAACAAUUGGGGCUGUUAAGUCUGACCAUACAUCACUGUGAUAGAAUGUGGGCUUUUUCAAGGGUGAAGAUACAAGUCUUAACCACAGUGUAACUUACAGUUUCCUUUAAAAAAAAAAAAAAAAAAAAAGUAAACCUGGCAGCUAUAGAAUACACUAUGUGCAUUUAUAAUAGCUAUUUUAUAUAUUGUAGUGUCAACAUUUUUAAAUUAAAUGUUUUACAUUCACAAGUGGUGGGGAGUCUUGUCAUUAAGGUGUGUGUAAUUUAGAGUCCAGUUGGUUUUCUUCUGACUGCACUUGUUCUCAUAGUAGUAAAAUGCUAUGCGCAUUUAUACCUUGCAUAAGUCCUCAUUCUACCACAUGUUAUCUAACCCUCUAGCUGAUAAUGCAAACACUAACUGGGGGAUUUUAUUUAUAAGGGCUCUAGAAAAAAAUACAAGUUAUUCACACCAGCAUCAUCUAUUAACUAAUAUUCUGAACUAGUUAGUGCAGCUUUUCAUUGUGUCGUGUGGUUGGUCUCAUAACUAAGUUGAGUUUUUCUCCUCUGCUAAGAGGAAACAGUACCGAAGUUCUUUUUCUUGUGGCAUUUGUAUUAUAAAAACUUGCUGUGGGGGAGGAGCAUAAAGCUCCAGCCCACUGAACCUCUGCCAAUUAAGAUGGUGUUGGGUUAGGUUACAUCUGGUUACUGUCCUGGGAAAAUCAUUUUUAUAGAGAUGGCCUUCCAAGUGGUUUUAAAAUUUAUCUUAUUGGAGUUUUUAGGUCAAUUAUGUAUGUUGACUAAAUUUACAAUAAACUUGUUUAUCCAACUUAAGUGUCCAAAACCUAAAUUGAAUGUGCUAAGUUUUCACAUGUCCCAUUAUCUAGGUCUUUGUAUACUAAUGUUUUGAGCUUAGUUCAUUUCAGGUGUUGCUUGGUAGACAAAGGAACCUUUUAUUUACAAAGAUACUGUAGAAAGCAUGUGAACAGCUCUCUGCUUUAUUAAGAUGCCAUAAUAUUGCCGUAUUUGCAGUGUGGGUUAAGACAAUCUAUCAAGAAGCUUUUUCCCCCCUCCCGUUCCAUAGCAUAGAAGCCCGCAGGUGUAGAACUCACUCUUAAACUUCAGUAUGAAGCCAGUUUUCUUAUGCAAUGAUGGCCACAAAAGCAUAGUAUGUGGAUGUCAGUGAGACAGCGUGAGAGCCAGCAGUUAUGAAAGCAUUCCUGCUUGAAGCUAGCGACUGCUUAACGUUCUGCCCCAUUAAAUUGCUUUCUCGAAAGUUUGGGUUAGUUUCAAAUUUAAGAUUUUAGAGGGAAGGUAGAGUAGGUAUCUUUCAGGUCGUGAUAAUGAGCUCCUAUGAAAGAAUAUAAUGUAGUGACCGGCUUUUCUAGAAGAUUCAUAAUCAGCUCUGGAACAAGCACACUUAAAUGAUUCCUCACAGUGUUUCAGAAUGAGAUUAAGAUCAGACGUUGGAAUGUGCUAUUCUCUAGAGUGUCUGGAAACAAGUACAGAAACCUGGCUAUGGUGGUGAGUUAGCUUCUGUUUACUACCUGUGACAACCCAAGUGAGUGACACUAGUGAACCUUUUCCCGUAGUCUGCAGGCUGGCAUAGAAGGUUCUCGGAUUAUAUUGGGCAGCUUGCCUUUCCACACUUGGCUUGAGCACUCAACCCAGAAGGCAAAGAGAGCUUUUGGUUGUAGGCAGCUGCCUGUAUGGCAUAUCCCUCGGUAAGGGUAAAGGAGCAGAGGCAAAGGAGAAAAGCAGAAGUUGGAGCUGAUGCAGGUAUCCUAUGCCCUUGAUGGAUGAGACUAAAAUAAAAUUUUUGAAGUUAA